AAGAAGGAAAAAAAAGAAAAGAAAGAAAAACUCCAACGAAGCCUUCUGGGUCUGAACGUCCACGUCCAAUUGUGUCCUACUCCUUCGGUCCGUCCCCAUUUCUUCCUUUCCUAGGCCUCGACUCCUCCCGACGUGAUCGCUCCAGAGAAAAUUUCGCGGGUUUAGACAAACAGCGAUUGGGAUCGAGAUCGGGGCAACAUGAGCAAGGUGUUCGAGGGCUACGAGCGCCAGUACUGCGAGGCGUCCGCCUCCCUCACCCGCAAAUGCACCGCCGCCGCCGCCCUACAGGGAGAGAAGCUGAAGCAGAAGGCGGCGGAGAUCCAAUCCGGCAUCGAUGGCGCUGAGGCACUGAUAAGGAAGAUGGAUCUUGAAGCAAGAAACCUGCAACCAAGCAUUAGAGCUGAUCUCCUAGUAAAGAUCAGGGAGUACAAGUCAGAUCUUAAUAACCUUAAGGGAGCGCUGAAGAGGGUUACUAGUAUUAAUGCACAACAGGGGGCGAGGGAGGAGUUGUUGGAGUCAGGAAUGGCAGAUACAUUGGGGGUUUCUGCUGAUCAAAGGUCAAGAUUGCUCAGGGCAACCGAGAGACAGAACCAAACAACUGAUAGGCUCAGAGAUAGCCAUAGAACUAUGCUGGAGACUGAAGAACUUGGUGUCUCUAUCCUGCAUGACCUGAGUCAACAGCGCCAGUCUCUCUUGCAUGCUCAUGAUGUAUUGGACGAGGUGGAUAACAACGUCGGCAAGAGCAGGAGGACCAUUGGAGGCAUGAUGAGGAGAAUGGAUAGAAACAAGUGGAUCAUCGGUCUCAUCAUAGCAGUUCUUGUCUUGGCUAUCCUCGUGAUUCUGUAUUUCAAGUUCGUGCACUAGUGGAUUGCGUUGCGUACGUUGCAUGGACGGUACGUAGUUUUCUACUGCGACCAGAACGAAGAGGAAGGCAGCUGUGAAUUUGCUUCUAUCUACAUUUUGCGAUUUCCUGUAUUUAUUUUCAGUUUUCUAUUUCUUUUUAAAUCAUAUUUCUGGGGGUGUGCUCGUACGGUACCGGAUGUGUUGUGUGAGGAAACAAGUUCAGGCCAUGACGCAGAGUUUUGUAUAUCUGAUUGGUUUCUAUUUAAAAGAAAAACUGAACGGAUAAUCAAUAACUAAGCAUAUUUGGGAAUUUUGCUGCA